GUCCGGGCGGGAGGGCGAAAAACAUGGCGACGACCAUGAAGAAAACGGCAGUAGAAGAUGUGAAUGUUACCUUUGAAGAUCAACAGAAAAUUAACAAGUUUGCAAGAAAUAACAAUAGGCUUAUAGAAUUGAAAGAAGAAAUUGAAGUGAAAAAGAAACAGUUACAGAAUCUAGAAGAUGCAUCUGAUGAUAUCUUGAUGCUUGAUGAAGACAGUCUGCUGGUGCCUUAUCAAAUCGGAGAGGUCUUUAUUAGCCAUUCCCAAGAUGAAACGCAAGAGAUGCUCGAAGCUGCAAAGCAAUGUCUUCAAGACGAGAUUCAAUCUUUGCAGUCCCGUGUGGAAGCCAUUCAGCAGGUGUUAUCCGAUCUUAAAGUUCAGCUCUAUGCAAAAUUUGGAAACAACAUUAACCUUGAAGCAGAUGACAACUGAGCUGUUUAUUCUUACCAGUCACAUCUCAUUCAGUUGAAUGAUUAAGUUCCCAGGUUGGACAGCUAUUGCAGUUUUGCUUUAGGAAAUGGCAAUGAAAAAUCAGUCAUUUUGUUCAUUAUUAUGGGACAAUCUUUAAGAUUUCUGUCCUGCAGCUCCAUUUAUUUGAUGGAAAAACUUUUUGUACGUGUAUGCACUCAAUUAUUUAUUUUGUUACAGGGCUUCCUUAUAUACAGCAGUUGAUUAUCCAUAAUAUAUCAAUUGUAAUACAUUCUAGAUUUCCAGCAACAAAAGCAUUCAAGCAAAUAUCUUUAACAUAUUAAUAAUAAUUAAUUGUAUGGAAUGAGGUAACUGUAACAUUAAGAGACAGAAUCCGCUUGCAUCAUCCAGUUUCACCAUAUAAGUAAUUAAACUUUUACAAUAUUCC